AUGCCUUCUCGGAUUUUGGAGAUGUUGCGGAGUAGGACUGCCGAGGUGGUGGAUGUUCCAGAGGAAGAGUUGGAGGGGAUUCGAGCGGAAUGGCGAAGCACUACCGUCAUUGUGAGGAGCUUGGGGAGGCCUGUUUCGGUUGAUUGGGUGGCCAGAGAGUUCAAACGGGUAGGUCGCCUGGACUAUAACGUGGAGUGCUUCCUGCUAAUGGAUGGUUUCAUUGCCGUUCGGUUUGCCAAGGAGGAGAACCGUGAGGCUGCUCUGAAGAACGGUCCAUGGACGGUGGCCGAUCAACUUCUGGCAAUGGAGCGGUGGCGGCCCAAUUUUGUGCCCGGUGUAGGGGGUAUUGAUCGGGUGGUCGUCUGGUUGCGUCUACCACGAUUGCCCCUGGAUUAUUGGAAGAGAGAGGCCAUCCUUAGGAUAGCGGCCAGUGCUGGUAAUCCUUUGGCCGUGGAUGGUUUCACGGAGCAGGGGGGACGGUAUGGUUUUGCCAGGGUGAAGGUAGAGCUGAAUGUUUCGAACCCUCUCAAGCCGGGUACCCUUGUUAGGGAGAAAUACGGGGGUGUCGAGGAGACCUUUUGGCAGGGGUUCAUCUACAAAAACCUACCUGCUCCCUGUUCUAAGUGUGGGCGGAUUGGGCACUUGGUGCCGGAGUGCGGUUACCCGUCUUCGGCGGGUGGCAAAGUGGAGCCGGCAGUGGCCCGAGGAAAAGAGAAGGAAGAUACCGGGGCGGAUAACCCAGAGGUUGAUGUGCAGACCAAUGGGGGAGCUUCUAUCCUAGAGGAACCAUCGGCGUUUGGCCCGUGGUUGGUUACCAAUCGUAUUUGGCAAUAA